AUGCUGCUUUUGUCAGAUUUCAUUUCAAGAUCUGAAUAUUUUUAUCUGCUGAGUACAACCGACUUUUAUAAAAAUCGACUCGACCUAACGAGAUUAAACAGUAAAUGCUCUUCAACUUUGCUUACGGACAAGGUGACAAAGCAUGCCGCUGUUAAGAAUUCAUUGCUGGACUAUCACAUCAUACCGAGCAGCCCACGAAGUGUGCCAAGAAGAACGACAAGCUUCUUUUCUUGA